AUGAGUGACAGACCCGCAGCCAGGCAGUGGGGUAAGUGUGGACCUUUGUGUAGAAGAGAGAGUAUCAUGGUGGCCUUCAAAGGGGUCUGGACUCAAGCUUUCUGGAAGGCAGUCACAGCGGAAUUUCUGGCUAUGCUUAUUUUUGUCCUGCUCAGCCUGGGAUCCACCAUCAACUGGGGUGGAGCAGACAAGCCCUUACCGGUCGACAUGGUUCUCAUCUCCCUCUGCUUUGGACUCAGCAUCGCAACUAUGGUCCAGUGCUUUGGCCACAUCAGUGGUGGCCACAUCAACCCCGCCGUGACAGUGGCCAUGGUGUGCACGAGGAAGAUUAGCAUUGCCAAGUCUGUCUUCUACAUCGCAGCCCAGUGCCUGGGUGCCAUCAUUGGAGCCGGGAUUCUCUAUCUGGUCACGCCUCCCAGUGUGGUGGGAGGCCUGGGAGUCACAACGGUUCAUGGAAAUCUUAGCGCUGGUCACGGUCUCCUGGUGGAGUUGAUAAUCACAUUUCAGUUGGUGUUUACUAUUUUUGCCAGCUGUGAUUCCAAACGGACUGAUGUCACUGGUUCCAUAGCUUUAGCAAUUGGAUUCUCUGUUGCAAUUGGACAUUUAUUUGCAAUCAAUUACACUGGUGCCAGCAUGAACCCCGCCCGAUCCUUUGGACCUGCCGUUAUCAUGGGAAAUUGGGAAAACCACUGGAUAUAUUGGGUUGGACCAAUAAUAGGAGCUGUCCUUGCUGGUGGCCUUUAUGAGUAUGUCUUUUGUCCAGAUGUUGAACUCAAACGUCGUUUUAAAGAAGCCUUCAACAAAGCUGCCCAGCAAACAAAAGGGAGCUACAUGGAGGUGGAGGACAACAGGAGCCAGGUAGAGACCGACGACUUGAUUCUAAAACCUGGAGUGGUGCACGUGAUCGACAUUGACCGGGGUGAGGAAAAGAAGGGGAAAGACCCAUCUGGAGAGGUGUUGUCUUCAGUAUGA